AUGCGCGCCAAGCGUCCCAAGCGCGCCAAGCGACCCAAGCAACCCAAGCGACCCAAGCGCGCCAAGCGCGCCAAGCGACCCAAGCGCGCCAAGCGCGCCAAGCGACCCAAGCGCGCCAAGCGCGCCAAGCGCGCCAAGCGACCCAAGUGCGCCAGGGACACUUGCACCAAGACCGCCCCACAUCACUUUGCCAGACCAAGCGAUCCAAGCGCGCCAAGCGUGAUCCUGGAUCCCGCCACCCAAAUGUCGCGGGGCUUCGGCUUUGUGCGCUUCCGUGCACAAGAGGACGCCGAGCAGGCAAUUCGCGAGAUGCAGGGUGUCUACUUGGGCUCCAAAGCCAUGAAGGUCCGCCCAUCCCACAACAAGACAGAAGUCCGCGAGGACUCACGCCCGUGGACUGUGAACUCACCUCCAUCUGCAGUGCAUGUCCUGCCCAGCAGCACUGUGCUGUGCAUCAGCUCUCUGGAUGCCGCAUCUCCUGAGGACUUGCAAAAGCUCCUGCAUCGAUGUGCCACCUUUGGGGUCUCUUGGGUGUCUGGCGAUGAAAGGGCUAUCAUGCGACACAUCUUCGUUGAGUCGAGCUGCUUCGUGGAGUACUACGAAGCCACAGCAGCUGAAGCGGCGGCGGGACAUCUGUCAGGUAUGUGCGGCUUGACGGUGAGCUUCAGUGACUCUUCAGCCAUCGAUUACUAUCGCACCCUGCAGUUGGAGGGCUGGCUGCCUUGCUUCGAACCCUCGGCCGUCGCCAUCUCAAAUUCCACCACAGCAAAGGCUGAAAGGGCGCUGCAAAGUUGUGAGCCUGGAAGCAACGAGCACUUCAAGGCCUUGCUGCAGGAUCCCAACUUCGUGCGGCUUUUUGAGCAGCUGCUGCAGCAACAAGGUCUCAUGGGGAAGAGCACCGGUGUGGAAGAUUUGUGGUCGAUGCUCCUUCAGGAUAAGCCUGAUCUCUUCAACAGACCAGCGCACGAGCUGGUGCAAGCGAGCAACGCCGAUGUGGCGAAAGCCUUCAUGGGAACCCGGACCGCUGAGAAACUGGAACAACAUUUCAACCCCAACUACACAGCGCGCGGGUUACGGGCAGAUCUCGUGGUGUGCCAAAGGUCCAAAGCUGCGUCCCUGAAAACCAUGGAGGUGUCCUGUGUGACGAUGGCCAAAGGGCACCAACACGUGGAAGUGGUGGCUGGCACGUGCAAAAGCGCACGUGGGAGGAAAGCAGGUGCCUACUCCUUGCAGCAGCAGUUGAAGAGGGACUUCCACUCCACACUCUGCAAUGGGAUGGUGUGCUUCAACGCGCACCAUGGCCAUACACAGGAGGCGGAACGAUGGAUGAGUUUCCUCGAUACAAAACAAGGUGAUGUCCCGCAGGUUGAGACGUUGAACGCCUUGUUGGCUGCCCUCAUCAAGAAAGGCGACCUGGCGAAGGCUCGCGAUUCGCGAAAACGCAGCGUUCCACAACGGAAUCAGUUUCUCGCUCAGGUGACCAUGCCUCCAUUCGAGGCAGCCACUUACAGUCGGAAGUCCAGUUUUACAGACGUCAGUGACACUCCAGCCCGCCGUAGGACCUGGAGCACUUCGACACCAAAGUUUCUGGGCAAUGAGGUCUUGUCCAGUGAAGAUCUCAAGACGCAACGUACUGAGAGCGGUUUGACACAGUGCCGGAAAGACAAGAAGGGGGCGCUGACGGGUGUCUUCAUUCCCACCUGUGAGAACAUGUGGGGCGUGCUGAUCUUUCUGCGAUUUUACUACAUUGUGGGAGAGGCGGGCAUUUGGCAAACGCUGUGUGCGGUUCUGCUGUCCUUCGCUGCUGCCUUUUGUACCACUUGUGCCAUGUCAUCCAUUGCGUCCUCGGGGGGCUUGGUCAGUUCUGGUGGGCCCUACUACAUGAUCUCAAGAGCACUAGGACCCGUGGUCGGUGCAACCAUUGGGAUAAUGUAUUGGUUGGCCAUCACCAUGUUGUCAGUCUUAGAAUGCCUCGGAGCCGUUGAGGCCCUGGCGAUGGCGGCACCUUCCAUGCGAUUUCCAGGCUUUCGGCAGGCCCUAGGCUCUGCCAGCAUGGCUUUGUUGGCGCUGGCCGUCUGGGGAGGCAUGAAUAUCGUGACGAAAUUGGGUCUUCUUUUCGCACUGGUCGUGGUCUUCACACUUUUCAGCUUCUACUUGGGCCUCUUCAUGACGGGACCAGGGACGGUGUCUCCGGAUGUCCCUGGCAGCGAAUACAUCACUGGGCUCAGCUGGGAGACCUUUCAAAGCAAUUGGAGCCCUCACUACGACUCAAACGUUGGCUUUGGGACCGUCUUGAGUCUCUUCUAUCCAUGCUUUACAGGCAUCUUGAGUGGCGCGAACCGGGCUGAUGUUCUCAAGGACCCGCCGCGAAAUAUUCGUAUUGGCACCUUCGGGGCUAUUGUGUUUCGUUUCUUCCUCUAUACUUCUUUCUUCCUGCUCUGGGGCAGCUUGGCGCUUUUUGAGGUGAACCAAAUCAGUGGAUAUCAAUCCCAACAAUUGAUGGCCUGGUUUGCCCUGAGAGUGGUUUGGAACCCCUUUCCCAACUCAGCCUUCGUGGGCAUCAUCAUCGCAUCUCUGAGCCAAUCCUUGCAAUGUUUGAUCGUCGCACCUCGCCUGCUCCAGAACAUGGCCAAGGACCGACCGGCAGGGAGCGCAGGGAGGCAGAUUCGAGGGGUCAUCCAUGACGGGAUCCCAUUGGGGAAAAAGAAACCAUGGAGAUUUUAUGGAUUUAGAAACUGGUACUAUACUAAUGUUUUCUAUAAAUCUAUAUAA